AUGGAUUUAGAAUUAAGAAAAAAAGAUUUGCAAACUCGUGCUGUUUGUGAUGUUCAUAAAAAGUUCAAGAGGUUCACAGAACCUUGCAUUCUGAAAGGUGUUCUCAUCCCUAAUAAAGAUCAGCGGCUAGAAGGAAAGGCUUUUAAACCCUUUGUAAUUCUGGACGUAGAAAAUAUAGAUGAUGACUUUUUCCAUGAACUUCCAGAAACCUUUCCAUCUGAUCCUCCAGAGCCUCUACCCCAUUUUCUUAUUGAACCUGAAGAAGCCUACAUUGUAAAGAACAAGCCUGUGAAUCUGUACUGCAAGGCCAGCCCUGCCACCCAGAUCUAUUUCAAGUGCAACAGUGAAUGGGUUCAUCAGAAGGACCAUGUGGUGGAUGAGAGAGUAGAUGAAACUUCUGGUUUGAUUGUUCGAGAAGUCAGCAUUGAAAUUUCCCGUCAGCAGGUGGAGGAACUCUUUGGACCUGAAGAUUACUGGUGCCAAUGUGUUGCUUGGAGCUCUGCGGGCACUACCAAAAGCCGAAAAGCCUAUGUUCGCAUUGCAUAUCUUCGGAAGACUUUUGAACAGGAACCCCUGGGGAAAGAAGUGUCUUUGGAACAGGAAGUCCUGCUCCAGUGCCGUCCACCCGAGGGCAUCCCAGUAGCUGAGGUGGAGUGGCUGAAAAAUGAAGAGGUGAUUGAUCCUGUUGAAGACCGGAAUUUUUACAUUACCAUUGAUCACAACCUAAUCAUCAAGCAGGCACGUCUUUCUGACACGGCCAAUUAUACCUGUGUAGCCAAAAAUAUUGUUGCCAAGAGGAAAAGCACUACUGCUACUGUCAUUGUCUAUGUCAAUGGUGGUUGGUCUAUAUGGACUGAGUGGUCAGUAUGUAACAGUCGAUGUGGGAGAGGUUAUCAAAAGCGCACAAGGACCUGCACCAAUCCUGCCCCACUCAAUGGUGGUGCCUUCUGUGAGGGCCAGAGUGUCCAGAAAAUAGCUUGCACCACUCUCUGUCCAGUGGAUGGCAGAUGGACAUCAUGGAGUAAGUGGUCUACCUGUGGGACAGAGUGUACACAUUGGCGCAGGAGAGAAUGCACAGCACCAGCACCGAAGAAUGGUGGAAAGGACUGUGAGGGUCUUGUCCUGCAAUCCAAGAACUGCACAGAUGGCCUCUGUAUGCAGAGUUUCAUUUAUCCUAUUUCAACUGAACAGAGAACCCAGAAUGAAUAUGGAUUUUCUUCUGCUCCUGACUCAGAUGAUGUAGCUCUCUAUGUAGGCAUUGUGAUAGCUGUCAUCGUGUGCCUGGCUAUUUCCGUGAUUGUGGCACUGUUUGUAUACCGGAAGAACCACCGUGACUUUGAGUCGGAUAUUAUAGAUUCCUCAGCAUUAAAUGGUGGAUUUCAGCCUGUUAAUAUCAAGGCUGCAAGGCAAGACCUCCUGGCAGUGCCACCAGACCUCACAUCUGCUGCAGCCAUGUACAGAGGUCCUGUCUAUGCUUUACACGAUGUCUCUGAUAAAAUUCCCAUGACCAAUUCUCCAAUCCUUGAUCCACUGCCUAAUCUGAAGAUCAAGGUCUAUAAUACCUCAGGCGCAGUCACCCCACAGGAUGAUCUGUCUGACUUCUCAUCCAAGCUGUCUCCACAAAUUUCUCAGUCUCUGCUGGAGAAUGAGACACUGAACAUGAAGAACCAGAGCCUUGCUCGACAAACAGACACAUCAUGCACUGCUUUUGGGACCUUCAACUCCCUAGGGGGUCACCUGAUUGUUCCCAAUUCAGGAGUAAGUUUGCUGAUCCCUGCAGGAGCCGUUCCCCAGGGGAGAGUUUAUGAAAUGUAUGUGACAGUUCACAGGAAGGAGAACAUGAGGCCACCAGUGGAAGACAGUCAAACCCUUUUGACCCCAGUGGUGAGCUGUGGGCCCCCAGGAGCACUGCUGACACGGCCUGUCAUUCUAACUAUGCACCAUUGCGCAGAGCCAAACACAGAGGACUGGAAGAUACAGCUGAAAAACCAAGCAGCUCAGGGCCAGUGGGAGGAUGUGGUGGUGGUUGGGGAAGAAAACUUCACUACCCCAUGCUAUAUUCAGCUGGACUCAGAAGCUUGCCAUAUCCUGACAGAAACACUCAGCACCUAUGCCUUGGUGGGACAGUCGAUCACGAAAGCAGCAGCAAAGCGGCUCAAACUGGCCAUCUUUGGGCCAGUGUCCUGCUCAUCACUGGAAUACAGCAUCCGAGUCUACUGCCUGGAUGACACUCAGGAUGCCCUUAAGGAAGUUCUACAGCUGGAGAGGCAGAUGGGAGGACAGUUACUGGAAGAACCAAAGGCUCUGCAUUUUAAGGGAAGCACCCACAACCUCCGUUUGUCUAUUCAUGAUAUCGCUCACUCUCUCUGGAAGAGCAAAUUGCUUGCUAAAUACCAGGAAAUUCCCUUUUACCACAUCUGGAGUGGGUGUCAAAGAAACCUACACUGUACCUUUACUCUGGAAAGGUUCAGCCUGAGCACGGUGGAGCUUGUUUGUAAACUCUGUGUACGGCAGGUUGAAGGAGAAGGACAGAUCUUCCAGCUCAACUGUACGGUAUCAGAG